AAUCGAGCCUGCUGACCUUCACCAGUAACAGACCGCAGUGCCCUGCAGAAGAAGACGCUUGCAGUCGACCGUUCUGCUCCGUCACCAACUGAAAGUUUAUUAACAAACGAACAAAACCAAACACUAUGGCUUUUCAACGUCACAUCGUCUCAACACUGGUGGUGAUUUUCCUGUUGACCCAGUGGAACGAUUCUUUGCACACUAACGCAACAACAACAAACGAAUCCCCUUCCAUUGAAAUUGGCGAUCAGCAAACAUCCGAUCAGUACUAUCGACCUUACAACGGCGCUAAUCGACGUCCAGCUUACCCCACGUACAAUUACGGCAAUAAUCAACGUCCCAGUUAUCCAGCCUACAAUCAGCGCCCGGCAGUUUACAAUCCACGCCCAUCGUACACCACACGACGGCCAAGUUAUCAAGCAGCUACAACUCGACGGCCAAACUAUCCAGCUUCUAAUAACAAUUACAGGCCAGCCACCACACCGUCCGAUCGUUUCACAAGCGGACUUUGCAUUUCAUCGCCCAACACGUACCAGCAGUACGGAAUAUGUUGGGACGCGGUCGCUCAACGAAUGCAAAUCGGCUCACAUUUAUCGAUCGAAAAUUUCGUUCGUUUCUACAUUGGCAACUUGGAAAACGCUUCGUUCGAUUAUCAGGACACGAGCAAAUAUUACGACGCCAUUUGCGACCAAAGCAAACGUUUCAACGGCGUCGGUAUUUUGUGCACUUACGACGACGAAGAUAGUUGCAACGAUUAUCGCAUCGGUGGAGGCCAAAACAACAUUAUUGCCGUGUCAUCCAUGUGUUGGAAUGAGCACUGCAUUUGCAUAGUAGGAGACCGAUACGAGGAACUGGCAUUAGCUUUGCGUCCAACUCUAUCUCAGCCAGCGUAUGUCGUGUCCAGCUUUCCUGGUGGAUAUACUGGACCAAUUACCAGUCAGGCGAUCCAACAGCAUGUCCAGCAAGAAUUGGCCGCUGCCGGCAUUCAUUGGCAACCACCACAAUUCAUCUGAUAUUGUUCUUUGAAUUUGUUGCUUUACUAUUUUAUCUGUGCAAUUUCGUUAAACGUAGCAGCUGCGUACAAUGUUCCAGUGAAACAAUUUCAUUUGCACCGUUCCUCAGGACAAAUACAUUGGAAUUUGUAAUGAAUUUCCCGGGAAAAGAAAUAAACUGGUUAAACUUAAAAA